AGAACCUGGCUUUCUAAUUGCCUUCAUAAACACCCAAAUUGCACGGCUACCCGAGCCGGAGGCCGGCUUCCAAAACGGGUCCUCGAUCUUCAGGGCGAUAGGGUUGUGCUUCAUGUUCCCAUUGGCAGCGAUAUCGAGGCAUAUGCAACAUUGAGUUACUGUUGGGGAUCUUCGGGGGUCCCCUUAAAGACGACAUCAGCCAAUUUCGAAGAUCACUGCCGCGGGAUCCCGCUAGAGGCAUUCCCAGAAACCCUCAGAGACGCAAUAUGUUUCGUAAAAGAGCUGGGUAUUCAAUACCUUUGGGUUGACGCCCUUUGCAUCAUACAGGAUGGAGAUGGUGGUAAGGACUGGGCCGAGCAGGCGGCUGCGAUGGCGGCUAUCUACCAGGGCGGGGUACUCAACGUCUCGGCCCUAGAUGGUGACGACUGCAAUUCGGGGCUGAAGCCCAAGAAGCUGAGCGGCGUCGGCCUCCGGGUUGGGACGGUGCUGCAUCCGGAAGCGAAGCGAGAUGUUUAUUUCGUUGGAAGCCCCAACUAUCAGAGUCUUCAGACAGAACACCGCCGGCUAGCUAAGCGCGGCUGGGCUUUCCAGGAGCGACUCGUUUCUCCAGCCACUAUCCACCAUACCGACUGUGGCAUGGUAUGGGAGUGUUGCUCCCAGGUCGAGGCGGAAACUGUGUGGGAAGCGGGCGACUCCGAAGAGCUUGAGGUUUGGUACUUGGCCUUGCAGGACUACUCAUCGAGGAAGCUUACCUUCGAGCGGGACCGCCUACCAGCGCUCGCUGGGAUAGCUGCGCGGCUGGCAAUGACACUCGGGACCACUUAUAUCGCCGGACUGUGGAGGGAAGAUAUAUCACGAGGGCUCUGUUGGAUGCUCAUGAAUCCUCGAGAUGAAAGAAAUGCAGCCCUACGACGAAGUGGUCAGGGGCCUACGUGGAGCUGG